UUGCUGGGGUGUUUGUGCAGGGCCAGAGGUUGGAUCGAUGAUUCCUGCGCGUAACUCGGGACAAUUCCCAAAUGCCGAAUUGCGGAAUUCCAUAAUUCCGCAAUCCCGGGGCUCCACAUCCGGGGCUCCUCACGGCGCAGGCCCCGCCCUGAGGCGUUUCCCGCCCUCCGCGGCCGUGAGGGGAGCGGGGGCGGCCAUGAAGUGCGUGAUCGGGGGGGCGCAGCUCCGAGUGUUUGGAAGAGCAAUACAUGCCAUAGCACGGAUUAGUGAUGAAUUCUGGUUUGAUCCCAUAGAAAAAGGUCUUGCCUUAAGAUCAGUGAAUUCCUCGAGGUCAGCAUAUGCAUGCGUGUUCUUCUCAUCCAUGUUUUUCCAACAUUACUGCUGGACAGCCGUGUCCCAACCAUGUCAGAACGAGCAGCAGUUAUCCCUCCCCUGUAAAUUGAUAAUUAAGUCAGUCCUCCCUGUGUUUAGAUGUGUAAAUGUGCUGGAAAGGAAUGUAGAGAAGUGCAGCAUCUCCACCAGCCCCAGUGACCAACACAUCACCUUUCAGCUCCUCUGCAGGCACGGUGUUGUAAAAACCUAUAACCUGACAUUUCAAGAGUGUGAUCCCUUGCAGGCUGUUUUUGCAAAGCACAUGUGCCCAAACAUUCUUAAAGUCCACUCCAGGCUGCUGGCUGAUGUGAUGAUUCACUUCCCAACCAGUCAGGAAGAAAUAACCUUGUCAGUAACUCCAAUGAAAGUUUGUUUCAAGAGUUACACUGAGGAAGACACUGACUUUUCAAGGACAAUGCUUACUGAGAUACAGCUCAGUCCAGAGGAAUUUGACUACUUUCAAGUUGGAGUAGAUUCUGAAGUGACAUUUUGCCUUAAAGAAUUGAGGGGCCUGCUGGCGUUUUCCGAAGCCACGAGCGUUCCUGUGUCCAUCCACUUCGACAGAUGUGGGAAACCCAUUGCUUUCAGCCUUGAGGACCUGCUGCUGGAGGCCAGCUUUAUCCUGGCUACCUUGUGUGAGGCUGAGAAGGAAGCAGCUUCCCCAGAGCCUGCCUGCUCUGGACCACGGCCCUGGCACAGCUCAAGGACUGGCAUGGAUAAAUCUGCCCAGACCUCCAUGGAUGGAGCCAGCAACGCAGACACAGCCGCUUCCAAAAAGCCACAGCAGAAGGGAAACACUCCGAGCAUGCACUCGGCAAAACCCCCAAGUGCUCUGGAGAAACAAGAGGUAAAAAAUAUUCCCAGAGGCACAGAGAGGGAUGUGCCAGGAAGAGCAGGAGCAGCCACGGCCGAGGCAGCGGGAGGAGAGGCCACAGAGGCUCCUCAUGAGAAGUUCCACUCCUUAUUCUUUGGAGCUGUCUCUUACAAGGAGAAGGAGGCUCUUGGUGACACCUUCCAGAGUUUGGUGACAGCCAGUGACACUGAGGAGGAGCUGGGUGCCUUGCAGAGCUCCCCGGUUCUGUAGUGCAGGGACAGACAGUGGGGAGUGCAGUGCAGGCCCAGCCUUUGUCACUGCUGCUGUGACCCAGCAGCACAGAACGUUCUGGAAUUGUCAGUGCUCUUGUAGUGGCACAAAUUUAGGUCAUGACUGACUCUGUUGAGGUUUGUGUGUUCUGCAGGAACUGCUGGGGGUUCUGCUCUCAGAACACUCUCACUAGAGAGAGGCUCAGUUUGAAUUCAAACUCUGCGACCACAUCAGGCAAAUGAAGCCGCUGUUCUGGUUAAGGGUGCUGGAAAAAUAACCCAGCCCAGCUCCAGGAGAACUCAGGUUUUUACAGACUCUGUAGAACCGGGGUUUAACUGAAAAAACAAAGUUGUCACAGAACUGCAUUUUAAAAAAUAAAGGUUUGUGUUUCAGACUUGUAUUAUUCUUUCCUUUCCCUGCGUCUCCUCCACCCCACAUCAGGGGCAGUGCAGUAUUUCCAAAGUCACACUGGAAUACAACACCAGUCAAUUAAGGGAUCGUUUUCUGUCUGCCAGGCUGCUGCAGAAGGCAUCGGGUGUCGCUCAGGUGUGCAUUUGAGAGCAGUGCAGGGAGGUCACAGUGACAGCCCAGCCCUCCCAGCCCUGGCUGUGCCUCUGUGCCACCAACCCAUCCCCACAUCAACAAACAGAGGGUUUUUGCAGGCAACUUGACUUUAAAAAGCACAUUUUAGUAUAAAUACUAUAUUUAUUAAAUAUCUUUACAAUUUAUUUAAAUGUAUUUACAGAACUAUUCCUGCAUAAGUUAUACCUCAGACAUGAAAUUUACAUAAUUGCCUCUUAGGUAAGCAUAGAUGAUAGUCUCAUUUUAACAGCAACAAAAAAGCAUCCUCAGAUACAGACUCAGAUUUUGCUUCAUUGUUUCAGCUAUCUUUGUCAGAAACUACCACAUACAGUCGGGUUCUCCACACAGCAGCUGGAGAAAGGAUGUCCCUUACCAAGAGGUGGACAUUCCAUCACUAAAUCCUCCCACUCCUGCCACAUGGUCGCCUCUCCCUUCUCCUCCACUCACUUGUAACUGCCUGGUCCCAAAUCCGGUUUUUGGUUUGGUUUUGCUUUCAGCCUGAAGAAGGACAUUUCUGACUGUAUGUCGCAGCUCUCCCAAAGAUAGCCAGGAAAACAGCAAGGAACCAGAGCUCUUCCAAUUCACCACAUCCUAGCCCUGUUCCACCCCAAUCCCUACGGCCGCUGCUGCAGCAAUCCCAGGUUCCUGGGGGACAAAGCUCCUCCUGUUCCUCCAGAUCCCCACUCCCAACCCAGCAGCUCCCAAAACAAACCACAACCCCCUGCAGCAGCUCCAAGCCAGCCCGUGCUCCGCUCGCUUCCAACUCAGGGAACACCUUUCUUGUACAUUCCUCUCGUGAACAUUCCCGCUAACCUAACCCCUAGCAAGUGUUACUGCUUCAUGCAUCGCUGGGAAUUAUUUUUGAUAGGAUGGGCCCUGUCACUUCCUUCUCCAAAGAUCAGUUGUGCGCAGACAGCGUUAAGUUCAUAGGAAAAAAUCAGGUUUGAUAUGUUCAGAGUGCACGUCUUAAAAAAAACCCAAAACAAUCAAGCAUGUGAUAAAAAUAUCAAUUCUUUAUAAUACAGUAUUGCUUUAUAAACAGAUGGAAAAGCUAAAAGCUUUACUGGUCUUUGGUGUGCCCGGUGAGGGAAAAACUCAUGAUUUGUAAAUCAAAACCCAAAUUUGUUCUUUAUUUAAAAAAACCCAACAGGUCAUGGUGUGAUAUGAGGCAAACGGAUUUGCGGAUACAGACAGGGAGCGCGCCCGGCCCUGGAGGAGCGGGAAUUCGGGAAUUCCAGACCCUCUGACCCACACACGUCCCCAGGGAAAGGUCUGGAAAGCCGGGAAGGGGAAACAGGGAGGACUGGGGACUGUGCUGAGAGCAGAGGACAGCCAGGGGCCACAGGGGCAUCGCCUGAAGGGAAGGGCAAAGGGAAAGAAGAAUUGAUCAAAUCUGCUCUAAUCCAGAAGCGUGCAGAGUAAAUACUGGAUAAAUGUAAAGACACCCAGAGUCGGGAGAGAAAAGCCCCUCCCGGACAAGAAACAAAGCCCUGUUCUGCAUGUGAAUACAUUCCUCCAAGACAGCCAGAGACAGCUUGUUCAGGUUAAAAACAAGGACUGACAGGUUGUGCAAAGUUCUCCACCACUCACUGUUUGUGUGUCACAAAACUAAUUAAUUUUUCUUCAUUAAUAUAAUCCUCCCCAUACCCUCACCAAAAUCCUAUUUUGGUCAAGUUAGGGUAGUUAAGGCAUUUUGACGAGUAAUUACAAGGUGAUUUAAAGUAGAUAUCUAACAUUAUGCCAAUUGAGGAAUAGCAGAUAAAUUACUGAAGAGCUCCCAAAUUAAUCACUUAUUAUAAAUGAAAUGCCUGUUACAAGCAUGAUGCACUGAAAUAUAGUAAAAUGACAUGUACAUGGUACAUGUUAAAUGACCUUAAAUAAAAGCUUGACAUAGUUACGCAAAUAUACAGUACAAGUCCACAAAAAUUCUUUAAACAAGUUGAGGUAACCUCAAACUUAAACAGUUUUAAUACAAUAAACCAGGUAGUAAAAAUCUCCUCUUGAGAGCAGGUAAGAUUCCUUACUGACCAAGUUUAACUGCACUCACCUAAACAGCAACAUUACCCGACUUUUUAUAUAUAAAAACAUGGCUUUAAUUUAUUUCUACAUACUUCUCUACCAGCAAAAAAGUUAAUGAAAAACUGACCAAAAAUAUAUAUAUCUUUACAGCUCUCAGCUUUCGUAUGAGCCUCAGGAAAGGAAAAGGAAA